AUGCUGCAUUACGAAAAGACGCCUGUCAUGCCUUCUGAUCACCUUACGAAUGCGCCUGCGACACCAAUGCCCAAUUCUUCGUCUGUGAAUGCCACAGUUGCUGCCGGCACGGCUGUGGUGCCGCAACACCGACACAUCUGGAUCAUCACCGGACCAGCAGGAUGCGGAAAGACGUCUGUAGCAGAAUACCUGUCCACAACUUUUGCUCUACCCUACCUAGAAGGCGAUAGUAUGGCAAACAAUAUCCCCCUCACCGAUGCCGACCGCUGGGACUGGCUCAUCCUCCUGCGCGACCAAGCCGUCUCCGCCCUCUCCACCGGCGCACCCGGUGUCGUCCUCACCUGCUCGGCUUUAAAACGCAAAUACCGUGACGUCAUCCGUGUAGCGUCCUACAACGACAACAAUGUGCUCGUACACUUUAUCUAUCUGUCUGCGACGCAAGAGCUGUUGCUACAAAGGGUGCAUGGCAGAGUGGGACAUUACAUGAAGGACUCGAUGGUCAAGAGCCAGUUUGAGGCCUUGGAGCCGCCGACGAAAGAUGAGAGGGAUGUCAUGAGUGUGGAUGUCAGUGGCGAUUUUGCCAGUGUACAGGCUCUGGCUGUUGAGGUUGUUAAUCAGGUCAUGGCUAGUGAUGCUGUUAUUGUUGAGCCUGUGCAGGCAUAA